AUGGAAGAGAUAAGAAUUAUCCCAAACGAAAUUCUUAAAUUAAUCCCUCAAUUCAGUGGUGAUAGACGACAACUUAGUUUGUUUAUACGUAGAUGUGAGUAUGUAAUACAUCGUUUUCGUGGUGGUGAUAGUCAGAAUGAAUAUGUACUGCAUGCACUAACUAGCCGCCUAACCAACGAUGCAUCCGCGCUUAUCAGCGAGCGUGAUGACCUCCACACGUGGCUCGGAAUCAAGGACUUACUGAUUCAACAUUUUGGAGAUCCGCGCUCGGAAGAGUGCAUUGCUAUAGAAUUAGAAACUUUGAAAAUACGUCAUGGUGAAGGUUACGGUGAUUUUUGUAAAAGGAUUCAAUCUGUACGUUCAAAUUUAAUUGCAAAAGUUAAUUUAAUUACCGACGAUGAUUUGAAACGUAGUAAAUUAAUAAUUUAUAAUGAUAUGGCAUUGAAAGUUUUUCUGUUUAACCUCUCAGAGAAAAUGGUGCGUAAUGUACGCUUACAUAGUCCCGAUACACUUGAAGAUGCUCUUAAGAUUGUUUUGGAGGAAGUUGAUUUCUUAGAACAAUAUCAGUUGAAAAAUAAAAUGACUUCAUCCACGAAUCCGAGGAUAACAACACCGCAUCACGGGUAUAGACCUCAGUUAAGGGCUACGCAAACACCAAUGCGGCCUCAAGAUUUUGGUAGACAACAAAAUCGACCAAAUAAUGCUAAUAACUCAGGCGACGUGUCCAUGCGUACGGCGCCACCGCAACGUUAUCAGCAACAGCAAGGGUUCCGCCUAAAUGAACUUGAGUUAAAUAAUAAUGAACUGUAUUUUGAUGAUAAUUAUGUAGAGUCUUAUCCAGAAGGCCCCUGUGUGGAGGAUACUUAUUCCGAAGAGACGCCUCUUGCAUUACCUGAAACACCUUAUAACAAUACCGAAAAUCCCAUAUCAAUAGAUUUUGAUAAUAACGCUGAAAAACCUCAAAAUUUUACGCUGGCUCCUGUCAAAAACGAUUACAGGUAA